GUCACGUGGUGACACACGGACGGCCAUGUUUCCGAAACACAAACAACAAGAAGAGCAGCGACUAGGAGCCAGCAGACACAUACUGAUACGCAGCAGCGACCGUUUGGAGGAGAGGGGGGAAAAAAUAAUAAAUAAAAUACAGAGCACGACUUUCUGAAAGUACGAUUCUGUCGAAUGAAUACGUUUACAGUGUUUGGAGAGACCAAUGCAUACGAUAUAUUGGCUGUAGACACACCGUGCAGACAACCAGUCUGGUAACGUUAGCUUUAAACAGCGAAGUGGUGCAAAGGGAGGAGGACAGGAAAUAAAGGAGUUACCUGGAGGGUCUCCGUCAAUCCACAUUUGAGUUGGAGUGAGAGGCCACGGAGGGAGAGAGGGAGAGAAGAAAAGAGUGCGAGUCGCGUCUGCUCUUGGCAGCUGUUCCAGCAGCCUGAUUCAGUGUUUUGGCUGUUAUUUCGUUCCUGCGUUACUUUUUUUUUUUUUUUGAUGAAUCUAUUGAUAUUUUUAACUUGAGAUAUAACUGCUGUAAAAGAAGAAAAAAAAUACUACUAGCAAGAGUGUUUUUUUGUUCCACUGUUAAUUUCCAAGGUUCUUUUUUUUUUUUUUUCUUCUUUUUUUUUAUAUUCAUCAACCCUUUUCGGCUGUGAGUAGCAGGAGCUUCCAUUCUCCAAACUAUAGCCGAACCCCCUUCCUUAUCUCACCUGAUAACCCGGUAUUCCUCAAGCACCUGAAACUGGCAGCUAUUCUCUUUGUGUCUGUGUGUUUGGGGAGCUCUGUGACCACAGCUUAAGCACCACUUAGCCUUCUAGUCACCUACGCCUAACUAAAGCCAGCCAGCCCUAGCCUGGUCCAGCCCAGUCCAGCCUGCCCCGAUCAUCUGGACAGGAUACUCAGUUCUGUGCAGACGGGAGGAAUAUGACUGCUGAGACUCUUAACUUCGGCCCAGAAUGGCUCCGUGCACUGUCCAGUGGGGGGAGUGUGACUUCCCCCCCUCCUUCCCCCGCCAUGCCAAAGUACAAGCUGGCCGAGUACCGCUACGGCCGAGAGGAGAUGUUAGCACUUUAUAUCAAAGACAACAAGGUCCCAGAGGACAUGCAGGAUAAGGAGUUUGCUGCUAUUCUGCAAGAUGAGCCCAUGCAGCCACUGGCACUGGUGGCACUCACUGAGGAGGAGCAGAGGAACUUCUCCAUGUCUGUGAACAGCGUGGCUGUGCUGAGGCUCAUGGGAAAAGGCGUGGGCGGGGCCGCCCCAGCUGGAGUGGCCCGAGGACGAGGUGCCCCGAGAGGCGGUCGAGGACGAGGUCGUGGAGAAAGUGGAUUCUACCAAAGAAGUAUUGAAGAACCCGAGGUGGGUUUCGGACGCAGCGUCCGAGAGAUCCACCGUAGCCAGAGCUGGGAUGACCGGGGCGAGCGGCGGUUCGAGAAGCCGCUGCGGCGGGAGGUGGCGCGCCCCGGCUUCGAAGAGCCCGUCGCUCCCGUGGUUCCGGGGAGGAAGGAGUACGCGCGGGCGGACAGCGAUAACUGGCGCAUCCUGCGGGAGGAGCAGGAGGAGGAGGAGGGUGGGGGUGUGGUCGGCGGGGUCGGUGGGGGCGUGGUCGGGAGCGCAGAGCCGGCCACCAACUGGAGACUUACUGGAAUCCGCAGGGAUGUCCAGUUUGACACUGAUGGCGGCCCAUGUCUUUUGUCAGAUGGCGGUCCUCGCUCAGCAGGCUGGCGGGACCACACGGGUCCAGGCGAGAGUCGUCGCCGGAAGUUUGAUUUUGAUUUCCGGGACUCGGACGGCCACGGCGGCAGCGGCGGUGGCGGCCGUCGGCGUGCAGGCAGCGAGGGACUAGAGGACGACAGGGACGGCCUGCCCGAGUGGUGUACAGACGAGGAGGAUGGAGAGAUGGGCACGUUUGACUCCUCUGGAGCGUUCAUGACUAUGAAGAAGGGUGGGAAGGAGUCAAUCCUGGAGGAGGAGUUUGAGUUCAAGGGCAUCGAGGAGGACGAUGAGGAGGAGUGCUAUGCUGACAUGGACAGGAACAGUGCUGAGGGAGAAAAAGACAAGGAGAUUAAAGAAGCUGGCUCUGCUGGUGGGGAAGGCGAGACGCAGCAAACGUCUCCCUCCUCGUCUCCUCCCGCUCUCAUCCACUGUUCCCCUCCCUCCUUGGAGCCUCGGCCCAGCAACGCCGGCCCAGUGGUGGAAAACCCUCAGCUGAACAACAGCCACCCCGUCAAGGCCGGCAGCACGUCCAGUGAAGACAUGGCUACGUUCGGGUUCUCCAAGGUCCACAUGAACCCCGACGCCCCCGCCUCCUCCAGCCUGCCUCCCCCACCCCCUUCCUCUGCUGCCCCUCUCCACCCUCCACCUGGAGGAGACACGGAGGACGAUGAGGGCAUGAAGCAUCUGCAGCAGGAGGCGGAAAAGAUGGUGGCAUCGCUGCAGGACACUUCGCUGGAGGAAGAGUGUUUCACCCAGGCUCUGCAGCAGCAUGAGAGCAGGAACACAGCAGCCGCUCUGCCGCUGUCGCACGAGGCCGCCAUGAAGUGGUUCUACAAGGACCCACAGGGAGAGAUCCAGGGUCCGUUCACCACCGUGGAGAUGUGCGAGUGGUUCCAGGCCGGCUACUUCACCAUGACCCUGCUCGUGAAGCGGGGCUGCGACGAGGGCUUCCAGCCCCUGGGCGACGUCAUCAAGAUGUGGGGCCGCGUGCCCUUCGCCCCGGGGCCUUCCCCGCCGCCCCUGCUAGUGAGACAGCCCCCGCCGACGCAGCGCCCGCAGUCCAGCCGGGGGUCCGCCGGGACUGUGAGUCAGAGCUCAGCCAACGCUGAGGAUGGGGAGGGGAGGAUGCAGAGGAGAGGGAAGCUUGAUAGACAGGUUACGGGUAACGUGGACCAGGACCGCCUGAAAAAGCAACAGGACCUGGCAGCAGCAGCAGCUCUUUAUCAGCAGCUCCAACAGCAGCAGCUAUUCCAGCUCAUUAACAGGUGCAGUGAGCAGGGUAUGAUGCCUUCGAUGAACAGGUCGAUGUCAGUGCCAGAUACAGGGUCCAUGUGGGACAUGCAUACCUCAGCUUCACAGCCGUCAGGCGGUGAAGCCAGUCUUUGGGACAUAACAAUGAAUCCUUCUACUCAGGGUCCAACUCUGGAACAGCUUCAAAAGCUCCAGCAGGAGAGGCGAGAAGCUGAACUCAGGGCAAAGCGCGAAGAGGAGGAGCAGCGCAAGAGGAGGGAGGAGAAGAGGAGGCUGCAGGAGGACCAGAAAAGGAGGGAGGAGGAGGAUCUCUUCCGACGCAAGCAGUGUCGUCAGCAGCAGGAACUGAUCAUGAAGCUGCUCCAGCAGACCCCCCAGCAGCAGGGUCCUGGGGCAAGUGGAUCAGGCUGGAGCGGGUCUUCCUCCUCUGGGCUGUCCAAGUCCGGGAAGCCUCCGGCUCUGGCUCUGCUGGAGAUGCAGCAGGAGGCCGAGAGGCUGCUGAAGCAGCAGCAGCAACAGAGGGCACAGCAGCAGAGAGAGCGCCACUCUGGCAUGUCCAUGGGGAGCUCCUCAAUGGGAGGGCAGUGGGCGGACGGAGUCGGCAUGUGGGGCGGGCCUGGAGGUAUGGAGAGCAAGGGCAGCAGCGUGAGCUCAUCGGGCAGCAUGGGCAUGUGGGACGAGGCUGUGAAGAACCAGUCCGGUCUGCGUGGCAACAGCAACAACAACAUGGGCCUGAAGAACAGCCGCAGCAGCCCUUCACUCAGUGAGCAGUACAUGAUGCGCCGUAAGCGGACGGAGGAGGAGGAGAAGCUGCUGAAGCUGCUGCAGGGCAUGAAGCCUCAGGACGGCUUCACAACCUGGUGUGAACAGAUGCUGCACGCUCUCAACACCUCUGCCAACAACUCUUCCUCCUCUCUGGAUGUUGCCACUAUAGUGGCCUACCUGAAGGAGGUGGAGUCUCCCUAUGCAGUACUGGACUUCAUCCGGUCCUACCUAGGGGACACAGUGGAAGCCAAAGAGUUCGCCAAACAGUUUCUGGAGCGACGUGCCAAACAGAAAGCCAACCAACAGAGACAGCAACAGCAGUUAUCAAAGGAAGUGGCUGGAUUGAACAUGAACUUCCCCCUGCAGGACUCAAUGCGAGGUAUGAAUCCAAGUACCCUGCAGUCCAUGUUUCAAGCCAACCACAUGGGCAAGUCUGGUCUCUAUGACAUCCAAGGGGGAAAGAUGAAGAAGAAACAGCCCAUGAUGCUGCACUCUGACCCCAGCAUCUUAGGGUACUCAUUCCACAACACGGGCGAGUGUCUGAGCCUGAAUGAGAUGGAGAUGGUGGAAGAUUACUGAUGUGACGCAGCGCAGCAGCAAUAGCUACCUGAGGCCUUCUGUCUUUUAAUCAGACAAACCUGAUGACGAAUGUGCACUGCUGGGGGAACCGGGGGGGGGGGGGGGGGGGGAAGGGAGCGAGCAUGAGGGGAUGUGCAGGGUGGAGGCGCCUGGAUCUGCGCCUCCCACUCUUUCCUUCCCUCUGGCGGGAAAAUAAAUAAAUAAAGGGCUCCUUGCUGCACCAGUUGAUCACUUGAGCAGGGGAGAGGGGGUGGGGGGGGGGGUUGGGGUUAUGUUAAAAAGGAAGAUGGGUUUCCUCUGGCACUCAAAAGAUUAAGCACCUUAUACUGAACUAACGCACUUUAUUGAGAUGGGAUUUGAAUUUUCUUUUUUCAUGUGUGCGAAUGUGAGUUUGUUGGGAAUCGGUGCGCGUACAGAAUGUGUACAUACACAUUAUCUGUGUGCGUCAGAACUGGAAUGGGGGGGAGGGGGUGUGUGUGUAUGAAUGUUAAGGCUGGUAGGUUUUCAAAGUCAGGGGGACCUUUAGUUGAAACCUUAUCAGAGAGCAAAUCCUUUCUCAAAAGACAAACACUGUUGAUAUUUCUCUUGUUUAGCAUUUUUUUUACGUUUAUAUAAAAAAAGUAAAGCUAUUGAAAAAAAAAUGGAUUAUAAAAAAAAACUUGAAGAUUUGCACUUGCCUAAAAAAAGAAUAACAAAAACAACAAAAAAACAAAUGGGGUUAGUUCUAGAAGUGAAUAUUUUUGUGAAUGUGUAUGUAUGACCUUGAGAAUGACUGAUGUGUGAUGGUUGGUUUGUGUCAGUAAUAUACCAGUCUGCACAAGUUUUUGUUUCAAUCUUUUGUUGCUUACCGAGAUGUAUGAAACAUAAGAGGCCAUUUUUGUCCUUUUUUCUGUUCAGAUGGUAAUUUUUGUAUUCUCAUGUUAAGUGUGUUUCCCUUCUCCAAACAGGGACUUGAUCUGUAUGUUUUGAGAGUUUUCAAUGAAUGAAUGUGUGUUAGAGAGAGAGAGAGAGAGAGCGAGAGAGCGAGAGAGGGCAAUUGCACAACACAUCCUUUCUCUCACCAGCUCUUCAUCCCCAGAUAGACAAAAUAAAAAAUGCAUACAUUUGUAAAUAUUAGCUUCUCACACGAUGACCACCACUAGUUGUUUUCCCUUAGCCUCUCCCCAUGGGGAGCCGUCUGUAGACCUGUGAGGACUAGCAGGCGGGGCGAAUCAUGAGGGACAUUACUGUGUGUGCAUCACAACGAGACUUUGAGUGUGUGUGUGUGUGUGUGUGUGUGUGUGUGUGUGUGUGUGUGUGUGUGUGUGUGUGUGUGUGUGUGUGUGUGUGAGCGGGCAUGUUCAUUUUAUUUCACAGAACUGAGUUGAGACUACAGGUACUCAUUCUUUUGAACACGUGCGGAUUUUGUAUGUGUAUGAAUGCACAUUUGUGCCUAAGAACUUGGAUAGGGUGCGUGGCCAUUGAGACAUUAACUCUUUUUUGAGAGCAAGUGUGAUGUGCGUCAGUGCUCAGCACAGUGUAUGUAAAGUAUGUCGGUUUAUAUAUCGUAAAUAUUUCUAGUUUAGUCUAGGGGUGAUCCAUCGGAAGGUUAGUCCAGUCUUGUCCUGGGGGUGUGAUCACGUUGCCUUUUGUCAGCUCUCGAACUUGUGAAUGAAAGGUGUCGAGUUGCUGACUCUGAAAAAACAAACAGCAUCUUAAUGUGCAAGUGCACAGAACGGUGCAUGAAAUGUUAGCAUAUUGUGUUACUUAUUCGUUGUUGCAAUUUGAUAAUGACGAGUUUUCUUUUUUUAAUGAAAAAUAUAUAUGAAUAUAUACAUUAUAUACAAAGUUUAAAAAGUAUUUGGACUAAGAUAAUGAGCACUUGGGGCUGCUAUUUUUGUUGUGUUAAUUUUCAUUUUUUCUUAAAUUUUGUUUUUCAUUUUUGUUUCAUUAUCGCCAUGUGAAGUGUGUGUAUUACUCUUAAGAAAACAUUGAAUGUAUUCCAAAAAAUGACAAGAAACCCGUGCUGAUACCAGAUUUCUUUUUCCUCUGAAGAAUUUCAAAAAUGGAAACAAAUACAAAAAAGCUUCAAAGAAUUUAGCAAGAACUUUUUCUUUUUUGUUUCUUUUUACAAAGUGGAGAAGAAAAAAACAAAACUUUGGAUGGAUACAGAUGAACACACUGCCUCUACAAUCCUGGUCAUACAAAUAGUGACUAAAACUAAAGAAAGGACUCUUUCUAUUCCAUACUGGAGCUUUGGUUGUUUACAAACCACAUGGAUAACUGUGGGUGCAGUUUCUAUUUUCAUUUCUUCCCACAUAAAACAGGUGGGGUUUGCAAGUGCGCUUCUGCCAUAUGGACAUUGAGUGGUGUUAUUUUUUUCAUUUUCAUUUUUUUUUUUUUUUUUUUUGAGGAAGAGUGGCAGGUACCCAGAGAACACGGACCCGAUCCUCCGACCGGACCUUUCUGUGCGUGCUUGUGGAUCCUGAGACUUUAUGAUCAACCUCAAGAGCAGAGGCUGGAAAAUCGAGGAUGGGUUCUGUUUUUUUUUUUUUUUUUUGGAGUGUGGAGAACGGCGUGCGGGGGCUGCAUAACCCCAGAGGGAACUGAAAGGUGGGGGGGAGGGAGGGGGACAAGUGCACCCUUCUUCACCUGGACCCUCACGAGCACCCACACCCUGCCCACUCGCCGACUCACCUAUGCACUUUUGUUCAUUCAAGCUGUGAGGUACCAUUUUGGGGAUGGGAGCACAAAUCACAACGGGAGGAUUGCUGCGACUUUGACAAAGUCACUGAAAAGAUAUUCUCAAAACUGAUAUGAGAGACUCAAGAAGCUCGCCUUCUCCCACCUCCUGUGUGUACAUAACCGUAUUUUUGUAUUAUCUUUCAGAGCAGAAAGAACAUUUUCCAAUGGAUGAAGGAAAAUUCAUGAGACGUCGAUUAUAUGGAGUGAAUGUUCAAGUAAACCAAUCUUUUUGAAUAUAGUUUUGAGAUGGACUCGUUGCGAGUUGCCCUUAGUUUGCCAGUAACCUUGAAAUAAUCGGGAUGGAAGGGAGCGCAAAAAAAACAAACUUAAAAAAAAACAAAAAAAAACAUGGACUGCGUUGGACAUGCGACAGCGGCUCCAACACUGACCGACUGACGGCUACUUUUCAAAACGGAUGCUGCGGCCGCUCCAAAGAGCCCCGCCCACAAUGCGCGUGAUCUGCGUGCGGCCAGGACGAGGCAGACCUGAGCUUUUGGCAAGGAGGCUUCCGCUUCCUCUCCAAAACCCGAUGACGGCCUUCAGAGACCGCAGGAGGAGAGCGCUUUGGCAACGGAGCCUGGCUGUGCUUUAUUCGCUGCCCUCUGCAAGGAGGAUCUAAUCUACAGCCGACCCAUGAACCAGUUGACCCUUAACCUUUUAUCAUUUGAAAUGAAACCCUAAGAAACUCUUCUGUCCUGACCUGGCACCGGGGGAUGGAGGCCAUCGGCAUUAUCGGUUGGACAGUGACCAGGUGAAGGUCCGCGUCUUAUCAGCCGUGGACCCCGUCUGCGUCGGAGAGUGUCGGGUCUGGGAUUUUCAUCCCAGACGGCUCGUAUGGCCCAGAUGUUAUCCCCCCCCCACCUCAGCUGGUUUGCGCGGAGGCCUUCGAAACCAGCGGGACUGAAGACUCGCCCAGGCAUUUUUUUUUUUUUUUUUUUGGGAGGGAUUACAUCCAAGUUGCCGGGAAUCCCUGCCGCUGCGGACCUGGAUGAACUGAAAGAAUUGUACAUAAAGACCUUUUUGAAACAUGACAAAACAGACACGUAGCUACAUGUCACAUAGACUAGAGUACCGAGGAAUUGCAGACGCACACUACAUGGACACAAGCAGCAAACGCAACAUACACACAAUCCCAGUGGCCCUCCUCUGGAACCACAUCUGCAUACACAUCAAUACAUCAACAUGCUACAAAAUUGCUACAUCAAUAUGCAGUCCACACACACACACGUAUCAUCGCUCAUAAUAUAAACGCCGAGCUGUGUAAAUAAUGUAAAUGUGUGUUUUUGAUUUUUUGAUUUUUCUCUCAUAGUGGUUUUGCUUUAUUUCUCUGUUAAACAUGCCUUAAAUUGUACAGUUCAGUCCUGAGCGGCGAGCUGAAAGCGUUCUCUAAAUAAUCUAAGUUGCAAAACCGCCCUCCUUAACUGUCCUCUAAAGUGAAAGAAAGAUGGGAGCUUUCUAAGUCCGGGCCGUCUGUGCUGCAGUCAUUUGCUCCACGCGCAUCCGUGUAGCUCCACAAUGGCGCAGCGGGCGGCCUUUUUGAUUAAUCUAAUUUUGCUGGUUGGCUUUUGUUGCCCUUUUGGUUUCCUUUAAAAGAUUGAGAGUGCUUUUGUUUCCGAUUUCCUGUUUAGAUGAUUGCUGGUGCAGGCUUAAUAACGGGCUGUGGUCUGCACUGAGAGGAGCUGAGCUGACGGGGAGGGGGGUGCACACGUGGACUAACGGACUCGAGUGUCAAAUAGAGAUUUGUGUUGGGGCUUUUUAAUGGUUAGUGUUUUUUUUUUUUUUACACUCCGGGGGACUUCAAGGUCUCGGAAGCAACUAGGUACUUUUUACACUGAGAUGUCAGAUCGGGCUUGUAGGGAGCGUGGUUGUAAGGGCAAUCUUGCACGAUUUGCAAUAUUUGUGGGUCUUGACACUAAACCGCGAGGCCAGAAUUGCUGCAGAUUUGGUGGGUGCACUGGUUGUGAUGCUGCCUGCAGACCAUUAUUUGGUAGCACUGAAUAGAUAAGGAAAUUAACCAGGCAGGCGUGUGUGUGUGUUAAAGGAAAUUCUAUGUCCUCAAAUUUGGAAAGUGUCUUGUUCCAGGUAUGUAUAUGUAAUUGGAUUUAAGAGAUGAAUGCUUUUAAUCAACCAGUUAGUUGUUUUGUAUCGUCAAUAUCUAAACAAUAUGCAGUUUUUAAUCCAAAUGACAGCUGAUAUUCAGUGAAUAUCUUCAGCUUAGACUUGUAAUAAACGUGCACAUUUGUUUAGCCGAGGGUUCGGUGGAUGGUUACCAGCUGCAUCGAACUAUGUGACCUGAAGUAGCAACAGUAGGUGCCAGUUUGUCGUAACUGUUGAAUUGUGCUAAAGAGUUACCAAGUUAAUUGUGAUCAGUUGCCAAAACCAUAAAUAUAUUAUCAGGUCUCAUUGGUGAAUAUCUUUAAGAAUACCAAUGUUUGACAUUUUUAAAAGCUGAUGUUGGUGUUAGUUGUUGGUCGCUGUUGGAAAAAGUAAAACAAGGUUGCGUACAGUUCAUUUUACUGGAUUAAACAUAUUUUUAUGAUUAGAUAAAUACAUUUUGUUGUCAAAAAGCCCUGGAUGUUUGGUUGCAGUCUUAGAAAAAAGAGCUUGUUAUCGGUAUGAAGUCACCUGGUUUAUUAUAGCUCUGGUUACUGUAGUUCCAAUAACAUAGUUUGUAAUGAUGUGAUGUAAUUCCUAUUCCUGUCAGCUCAGCUCCUUUGCCUAAUAAGUCUUUGAAUGUUGUUAAAAUAACAGCAUAUGAAAAGAACAACGGAAAUAUUUGUAAAUAGUUUGGCUUUUUUUGUUUGAAGAACAAAAUAAAUACUAAAUAAAUAGCAUCUAGCAGUGA